UUUUUUAUUUUAUUCUAUUUUUUUUAUACAUUUUCUUUGUUUAUUAAAUUCUUUUUUUUUUCACUAAAAAAAAAAGGGGGGAAGAAAUAACAAGAAAUAUCUCAUCUCUUUUUUUUCAUCUAUUUUUUUAAAAUUUCUAUUAAAAAAAAAGCAAGAAUUAUAGAUUGGUAAUAAAAAUUGAAUAAUGUCAGUUUAUAAUCAUCGUCCUAUGGUACCUGCACCUCAAAAUCGUGUAGUUGAAAUGCUGGAUUCGAUCCGAACUGAAUUUGACCAAUUAGCGCAAGAAUUAUAUGUUUGUAAAUCACAGAGAGACGACUUUGAACAUAAAAUGAAUCAGCAAAUUACUGAGAUGAAUAAUUUCCAACAGAGUUUACUUGAACUUGAACGUACUCAGCAAACUCAAAAGAAACAUUAUGAAGAGGAAAUUGCUAGACUUCGUCAACAAAUUGAGUCUCGUGGAGGACAUCCUGGCAUGCCAUUGACAAGCCAUGCUCCUCAACAUCCUCAUAAUCAACCACCAACACAUCAACCCUCUGUUGCUCCUCCAAAUAUUGGACCUGGUUCUAAUUAUUUUGGUGGUAUUAUGAAUGCACAUGGCGCUGCUUCCGGUGGUCUCGUUGCUCCUUCAUCAAUAAAUGAACAACAACAACCUCCUAAUAGCUCUCAACCUAUUCCUCCUCAUGCUGGUGUAUAUCCAUCUUCACAGCCAUCUUAUAUGAAUCAACCUCCACCUCCAGCUCCUUCACAAUCGCUUUCUAAUUCUGGAUAUAGUCAAUCACCUAAUCGAGGUAUACCUACACCGCCUACCUCUGCUCAUCCUCAACAACAAAGACAGGAUUGGGUGGGUAAUUACUCCUAUAAUAAUAGUAAUAAUGGUACUCGUUCAAGUUCCUCUUCAACUAUGAUUCCACCACCACCACAACAACAACAACAGCAGCAGCAACAGCAGCAACAGCAACAACAACAACAACAAUUACAACAACAACAACAACAAAAUGGUUCUCCUAAUAUAAAACGUAAAUCAGCUUCAUCUGCUGCUGCUACACCAACUCAAAAUACGUCAAAUGUUAUUGUAUCACGUACUCCACCUAAUAAACCAUCUUCUUCUGCUAUAGCAGUUAGUCCUUCUACUAAUCAAAGUGGCGGUUUGGCUGAUGUAGAUCCAGAAAAUGUACCUGCAAGUAUGAAAGUGGAAGGACAAGAUUGGUUUGCAUUAUUCAAUCCAAAGACAACACGUCAAUUAAAAGUCGAUUUAAUUCAUUCCUUGGAUCAUCCUAGUGUUGUAUGUUGUGUUAAGUUUAGUUUAGAUGGUCGAUAUCUUGCUGCUGGUUGUAAUCGUGCAACAUUUAUCUAUGACGUAGCUACAUCUAAAAGAGUAGCUGUUUUACAAGAUGAAAAUAUUAAGGUUGAAGGAGAUUUAUAUAUUCGUUCUGUCUGCUUCAGUCCUGAUGGUCAGUUUUUAGCUACAGGAGCAGAAGAUAUGCAAAUUAGAAUUUGGGAUAUUCAAAAGAAACGUAUUAGAAAUAUUCUUGUCGGUCAUCAACAAGAUAUUUAUUCAUUGGAUUUUAGUCGCGAUGGACGCAUGAUUGCAUCUGGUUCAGGUGACUGUACUGCAAGAAUAUGGAAUAUGGCUGAUGGUAAAUGUCUUCAUAUUCUUCGUAUCACAGAUCAUGAUCAAAAAGAUCCUGGCGUAACUAGUGUAGCAUUUUCACCUGAUGGACGUGUAAUUGCUGCAGCCAGUCUUGAUAAAAUGGUUCGUAUUUGGGAUACACAAUCAGGCGUUCUGUUUGAAAGAUUAGAGGGUCACAAAGAUAGUGUUUAUUCGGUUGCUUUUAUGCCUGAUGGUAAAAUGUUAGUAAGCGGUAGUUUAGAUAAAACAUUGAAGUUAUGGCAAUUGGGUACAAACGAAGGACGCGGUCUUGGUAUGGACCGUGAUCGAAGUAAAGGUCCCUGUAAAGUAACAUUUACAGGUCAUAAAGAUUUUGUUCUUUCAGUUGGAUGCACACCCGAUGGUCGAUGGGUUGUUUCUGGUUCCAAGGAUCGUGGUGUACAAUUCUGGGAUCCACGUACAGGACAAACACAAUUUAUGUUACAAGGUCAUAAAAAUUCAGUUAUCUCUGUUGCCAUUAGUCCAACAGGUAGACCCUUAUUUGCAACUGGUUCUGGAGAUAAUCGUGCAAGGAUUUGGAGUUAUGAUCCUAUUAAUGCAUAAGCCCUUUUCCCCUAUAUUAUUAUUUUUUUUUUUUGUCAAAUUCACAUAUCCAUUCUUUAUAUACAUAUUGCUUUCUUUUUUUUAACAAAUGAAACUAUUUGUUCGAUUUCUUCAAUACUUUGCAAAUAUAACUAUUUCUUAUAGCUUCAACUGAUUAAGGAGAAUUAAAGAAAGAGAUAUUAUAUUCAAUAGUAAAAUUUUAUAAUAAUGCAUCCGCAUAUAAAAACAUAAAUUGCAGUAAUGUCAGAAAGAAUUUUUUUUUCAAUAUAAUGUACACAGAGAAACAUCUUUAUAAUAUUUUUUAAUAGAAUUUGCUUCAACAAAAAUAAAAAAAAGGGAGCUUUCUUUCAUUCUUUAUAAAUGUCUUUUUUUUUAAAAAAAA